AUGAACCAAGAUGAAGCGCUUUCAAAUCUCAGCGACUACAAUGACCUCCUUCAAUCCGAGGUUUAUGUCGAUCUAGAACGCUUACGCAUCUUGGCUCGCCACGGCAUCCCUAAUGAACUUCGUGGGGAGGUCUGGAAAUACCUUUUAGGCGUGCAACAAGCAGACCGCUCCAAAGAGCUGACAACGUCCAAGGCAAGAAGAGAAGACUAUGAACAAAUAGAUAAGUCUGAUCCUGAGAUUUCUAAACGCAUUCGUGGCGAAGUAACUCGGUAUCAGCGACGAGUGCCCCUGUUGGACGGGAGACAUUACAUGAACCGCUUUGAAAACGUCAUCGUGGGCUAUCUAAAUGCAAAUCGUGAUGCCGAGUAUCAUCCUGCUCUGGUAGCUUUGUGUGCGCCAUUUGUUUAUGUCCUGGACAAAGAGUGGGACGCAUACUAUUGCUUCGAGCGAUUGAUGCAAGCUAUGGAGGAGGAAGUGGACCUUAAUGAGUGGGUUACUUCGUGGUUGCAGCAUUUGCUUUCGCGGGAAAUGAAGUUUGAAGAUAUAGUGAGGCUAUGGGACACGUACUUUGCAAUGCCCGACUUUCUGGAGUUCCAUCCGUUUGUAUGUCUGGCGAUUCUACGGAACGCCAGAGAGAACCUAGAGGAUCUGGAACAGUCGGAGAUCAGGACUAUGCUGCUCCGCUUGCCUUACCUGGAUAUGCAACGGACUUUGGCCGAAGCAUACAACUUGCGUCACGAGAGCAUGGAACGACAGAUAUCCGAGGAUGGGGACCUUUUAUGA